GCUCAUGAGGUCGAGAAUCUAGACCUAGAUUAUGUCUCGUUUUCUUCGGCUCUUCGAGCCGUUGAGUAGAAAUUGCGGUUCCUGGACGAAAAAACUCGCUGAGGGUCCUUCGCUGGAGGCUUUCAUAGCGAACUCGAGCGUUCCUCGAGAGAACUAUGACCCCACCGAAGUUCCGUACCUGAUCGACGAAAGCGCACAACUGAAGAAAGUCUUCUUCGAGGUCUACGGUUGUCAGAUGAAUGUCAACGACACCGAGAUAGUCUGGUCCAUCCUGAAGAAGAAGGGCUACGAGCGCGUCUUGAACCACAACGCCGCCAACGUGGUUCUAAUCAUGACGUGCUCGAUUCGGGAGGGGGCCGAGCAGAAAAUCUGGAGGAGACUCCAAGACCUUCGGAAACAUAAGCAGCGACGUGAUCUGCAGGUGGGAGUUCUCGGUUGCAUGGCGGAGAGAUUGAAAACUCAGCUGCUGGAAAAAGAGAAAUCCGUAGACGUGGUUGCUGGUCCCGACAGCUACAGAGAUCUACCGAGAUUACUGGAAACUGCGUCAGGAGGCCAAGCAGGAGUCAAUGUACAACUGUCCCUUGAUGAAACUUACGCCGAUGUGACCCCAGUCCGACUCGACGAGCGAAGAAAAACUGCGUUCGUCUCGAUCAUGCGCGGAUGCAACAACAUGUGCACGUACUGUAUCGUGCCAUUCACCAGAGGUCGGGAGCGGUCUCGACCUAUGAAUUCGAUUCUAGACGAAGUUAGGCAUUUGUCAUUGAAUGGAGUCAAGGAAGUGACUUUACUCGGUCAAAAUGUCAACAGUUACCGGGACAUGUCUGAAGAGUCUCAUCCUUUCAUACGCUUCACAGAUGUUGGGCUAGCCAAGGGCUUCAAGUCGAAAUGCAAACUCCGUUCCGGGGGCUUAGGAUUCGCGGAUCUCCUGCAUCAAGUCGCAGAAGUCGAUCCUGAGAUGCGCGUUCGCUUCACGUCCCCGCAUCCGAAAGAUUUCCCAGACGAGGUUCUGCAAGUCAUUUCGUCGCAUAAGAACAUCUGCAAUCACAUACACCUGCCCGCACAGAGCGGAAGUACCCGCGUUUUGGAUCUGAUGGGCCGAGGCUAUACCCGUGAAGAUUAUUUGACAUUAGUGGAUACGAUAUACAAGUUCAUGCCCAACGUCUCGCUCACCUCCGACUUCAUCACCGGUUUUUGUGGCGAAACCGAAGACGAACAUCAAAUGACCCUGAGUCUAGUGGAACAGGUCGGCUACACGUUCUGCUACGCAUUCCCGUACAGUCUCCGAGAAAAAACGAGGGCCCAUCGACGGCUCGAGGACGAUGUUCCUCUUGAGGAUAAGAAGAGACGAGCGAUCGAAAUUUUGGAAGUUUUCCGCCGGAAGGCGAAAUUGAAGUUUGAGAAGCAGAUCGGUGAUAUCCAGACCGUGCUCGUUGAGGGUGAGAGCAAGAGAUCGACCGAGGAACUCUUCGGUAGGAAUGAAGGGAACACCAAAGUUAUCAUCGCCAACGAAGUCGGAGGAGAGCGGAUACAUCCCGGAGAAUACGUGAGCGUGCGAAUAACGAACUGCAGCUCACAGACCAUGAUCGGUGAAGUAUUGCGCAAAACGAGUCUACAAUCAUCGACUGAUGAAGAGGAGAAGCGUCAGAUGAUCCUCUGAUUUAUCAUUGAAUGU